AUGAGCGAUAAUAAUGUUCCAUAUGGAAUUCCGUUAUGUUACGGUUUCACAUGGGAUAAAAACCAAAAGUAUACAACAUUUUACUUCCAUGGAGCUACUACAGGCAGAAAAAUCGCAACGAUUAACAAUAAUCCACUUGGAUGCCUUUCAAUCUCAAAACCACUCCAACUCUCUUACACAUCUAGUAAGCCAGUAUGCACGGCAACAAUGUUCUACGAGUCUGUAAUCGCAGAAGGAAAAGUUGAAAUUGUUACUCACAAAGAAGAAAUAAAAGCCGCUUUAGACACACUUCUCCAACAAUUUGAUGUUCCUCUAGGCAAGUACGCAGAGGCAUCAUUAAAGAGAACCGCGAUUAUUAAACUUGUCACUGACAGUCUUACAAUGAAGAGUAAUGCUAUCAAGGGCAAAGCAUAA